CUCCCAAGAUAAAAAUCCCAAUCCUUCUGAGCAGUCUGGUCUGUGGAGUGAAUGUGUGAGAAGCUGAGCUAUGCUGAAGAACAGCACGUCGGUUCCAUUGGGUCUGGGAGUGUGCGGACUGGCGCUGGAGGACAGCAGCAGUCUGUUCAACCGCACGGACGGGGCUCUGGGGAACCUCUCCCUGCGCUGCUGGCUGCAGCUGCUGUCGAAGGAGUCUGACGCCGAGCUGCACGGCGACGGCGCCAACGUGGCCUUGCGGGUGGUGAUCGCGCUGGUGUACUCGGUGGUGUGCGUGCUGGGGCUCGUGGGAAACCUGCUGGCGCUGUACCUGCUGCGGUCGCGCCACCGGCACAAGCAGUCCUCCAUCACCUGCUUCGUCAUGGGCCUGGCGCUCACGGACCUGCAGUUCGUCCUCACGCUGCCCUUCUGGGCGGUGGACACGGCCCUCGACUUCCGCUGGCCCUUCGGCAGGGUCAUGUGCAAGAUCGUCAGCUCGGUCACCACCAUGAACAUGUACGCCAGCGUGUUCUUCCUGACCGCCAUGAGCGUGGCGCGGUACUGCUCCCUGGCCUCCGCCCUGAAGAUGCACAGCCCCCGCAGGGCGGCGGCCGGCGCCAAGUGCGCCAGCCUGGGGAUCUGGGCCGUGGCGCUGGUGGCCACCCUGCCCCACGCCGUGUACUCCACCACGGCGCAGAUCUCGGACGAGGAGCUGUGCUUGGUGCGCUUCCCCGACUCAGGAACCUGGGAUCCGCAGCUGCUGCUGGGCCUGUACCAGACGCAGAAGGUGCUGCUGGGCUUCCUCAUCCCUCUGGUGGUGAUCAGCGUCUGCUACCUGCUGCUGCUGCGGUUCGUGCUCAGCCGGCGCAUCAGCGGGGCGGUGGGCUCCGACGGCGAGCUGGGCCGCCACAAGCGCCGCUCCAAGGUCACCAGGUCCGUCACCAUCGUGGUGCUGUCCUUCUUCCUGUGCUGGCUGCCCAACCAGGCGCUCACCCUCUGGGGCGCGCUCAUCAAGUUCGACCUGGUGCCGUUCAGCAAUGCCUUCUACAACGCCCAGGCCUACGCCUUCCCUCUCUCCGUCUGCCUUGCCCACACCAACAGCUGUCUCAACCCGGUGCUGUACUGCCUGGUCAGGCAGGAGUUCCGCAAGGGCCUCAAGGAACUGUUGCUCCGGGCCACGCCCUCGUUCCGGAACCUGGCCACUCUGGUGUCCCGCAGGAAGAAAGUGGCCGAAGCACCGCCCACGUUGGUCCUGGCGCAGAUGGAUGUCGCUGUCUGAUUGGCCGGCUCUUGCUGUGGCUCACAGAUAAUGGAUAGUGGUAUUUAUCUGAAUGCAAUUUAUUAGAAUGGUUUGGUGUGAUUGAUAGAGGCGCAUUGUUAUUGGAAAUCUCCACUGGGCCCUGCCCCAGAUUCUUCCCUUUCACUUUUGUUCAGGAAGAAAAUACAAUUCUGUGGUAAAUGUGAUUUCUGUUUUGAUUUGCUAGUUUUAGCUGCCUUACAUAUUUUUGCAUGUGAAACUAAUUCACAUUCAUCAGGUAUACAGCGUGGGACUCUCCUCUCCUAUUCCACCUGCUUGUUAGCCCGCACCUUAGCUGCGGAUUUACCCGAAGGAACAUAGAAACCAUUCAAAGGUGUCAAUCAAAAGAGAAUCCAGUCCUUGAAACUGUCAUAACAAGUCACUGGAUCCGGGAUAAUAAUCAGGGUCUCAUGUGGAAACUGGUGCAUCGGAUACGCAUGUCUCGCUGUGAAAAUGAAUUGUGGUCAUCACCAAUUAUGAUUGCUCCUCUUUCCCCAACACCUAUCUCCCUCGCGGGUAUCGCUGCAGAUGUUUGAGUCAUCGAGGUAAUUAUAAUAACGUCUGAAUGUCUUAAAAAUAUUGGGGGAAACGGAUGAAUGAGAAAAGGAAUAUUUCAGUGGCGGCUGAUAAAGUAUACACUGAUAUUAAGCUAUUAUUGAACAACUACCCUGGUGAAAAGGAAAAAAACACUCACGA